CCGUUUUCAUGGUGGUGCGCUGACAAAUUUUAAAAAAGUUGUAAAAAAAUGUUUUUAAAAGGAUAUAGGUUUGAAUGUGAAUAAAUUUUUUAAAAUAAUGUUACUCAUGACUAGUUGUAUUUUUCCUUUAUAGGGCUAUUUAUUUCAGAAAACCUAAAAAAACUAGAAAGCUUUAUGAACAAACUUGCAUCGAAACUUAAAAUUCAUAUCAAUAUGUUGAAGCUCAUUAGGUUUUUUCAAAAAAAUGAUGGAAAGUUAAAAAGUUUUUAUCGACCGCUUUCUGUGCUACCACAUGCUGUUUCUGUUCUUAAUGGAAAAUUUGAAUCUUUAUCUGAAAAUGUAAAAGAUUUUGUUAAUAAAAAAGUUGAUCUAUGCCAACCUGAUAGUUUAUUUAUUUGUAAUGGGUCUCAAGAGGAAAAGAAUCAUCUUACUGAUUUACUUGUAAAAGCUGGAAGUGCAAAAAAACUUCAUAAACUAGAUAACUGUUAUGCAAUCAAUACAAAUCCUGCAGAUGUUGCACGAGUAGAAUCAAAGACUCUUGUUUGUACUAUUGAUAAAAGUUCUGCCAUUCCAAACAUUAAAGACGGAGUUCCAGGACAACUUGGCUAUUGGGCAGAUAUUAGUGAAACAGAUGCAAAGCUAGAAAAAAUGUUUUCUGGUUGCAUGAAAGGUAGAACAAUGUACCUCAUUCCGUUUAGUAUGGGUCCAGUUGGAUCACCUUUUUCUAAAGUUGGGAUUCAGCUUACUGAUUCUGUUUAUGUUGCUAUUUCUAUGCACAUAAUGACUCGUAUGGGGCAGCAAGUGUUGGACUAUUUAAAUGAUGGACAUUUUGUUAAAUGUUUACAUUCUGUUGGUAAACCACUUCCAUCAGACAUCGAUCCUUACAACUGGCCUUGUAAUCCUGAAAAAACAUUGAUAACUCAUUUUCCUGAUCGCCAUGAAAUUAUAUCAUUUGGAUCUGGUUAUGGUGGUAAUUCUCUUCUUGGAAAAAAAUGUUUUGCUCUGCGAAUUGCAUCUUGUAUUGCUAGGGAUGAAGGAUGGUUAGCAGAACACAUGUUGAUUUUAGGUAUAACAAACCCACAGGGAGAAAAGCGUUAUAUUGCGGCAGCGUUUCCGAGUGCUUGUGGAAAAACUAAUCUUGCAAUGAUGACUCCGACACUUCCUGGUUGGAAAGUAGAAUGUGUUGGAGAUGAUAUUGCUUGGAUGAGAUUCGAUGAAAAUGGAUUGCUUAGAGCUAUUAAUCCUGAAAAUGGAUUCUUUGGGGUUGCAGUUGGAACUUCUAUGGCAACAAAUCCCCAAGCCAUGAAUUUGUGUAAAAAAGAUACUUUAUUUACAAAUGUUGCAACCACAAGUGAUGGAGAUGUGUAUUGGGAAGGGCUUGAAAAAGAAAAAGACCUGAAUGGUAUUGAAGUGAGAAGUUGGCUUGGUAAGCCUUGGACACCUAGUAGUAAUACGCUUGCAGCUCACCCAAAUUCUCGUUUUUGUUCGCCAGCAAAAAACUGUAAAAUUAUGGAUCCGCUUUGGGAAGAUCCAAAUGGGGUACCAAUAUCUGCUAUUUUAUUUGGAGGACGUCGUCCAGAAGGAGUUCCUUUAGUUUACGAAUCAUUUGAUUGGAAGCAUGGUGUAUUUGUUGCUAGCUCCAUGUGUUCUGAAACCACUGCUGCAGCUGAGCAUGCUAGUAAAGUUAUUAUGCGUGAUCCUUUUGCUAUGAGACCUUUUUUUGGUUAUAAUGCGGGUCAUUAUCUUCAACAUUGGUUAAAUAUGGAUGUCAAAGGACGUAAACUUCCAAAAAUAUUUCACGUCAAUUGGUUCAGAAAAGAUUUGAAUGGAAAGUUUUUAUGGCCAGGUUAUGGCGAAAAUUCGCGUGUUUUAAAAUGGGUGUUUGAUAGAAUCAAUAAUAAAGAUGUUGCUGAAGAAUCUCCGGUUGGUUUAAUACCAAAGGAAGGUAGUCUUGACGUAAGUGGACUCGCUCGUAUAAAUUUAAAAGAAUUAAUGUCUAUACCAAAAGAAUAUUGGGUCAAUCAAUUAAACGAUCUGGAGAGCUAUUAUAAAGAGCAAUUUGGCAAAGAUCUUCCUCGUGAUAUUUGGAACGAAUUACAUAACUUCAGAGAAAGAUUAAAAAACGCAAAGUAAUUGCUUUCUAAUUUUAUGAGAUUUUAAGUUAUUUUUUACGCUAGCUCUCUCUAUAUAUUAUUUUACGAUAGGUUUCUUUUAUAAUUUUAGACUGUUUAAUAUUUAAAUUACCAUCCCUAUAAAAAUAUUACGCGUGAAUUUAUUAAUUUUUUUUAGUCUUCAGUUUUUCAUUUGAUUCACGGUAAAAAUUAUUACAAUGCGUUUUUUUUUUUUUUUUUUUACCAAUAAAUUCACGUUCAAUGAUUUUUUUUAUUUUAAACAAUAUUAAUACAGUUGAUACCAUAAUUUUUCUAACAGUUUUAUAGAAAAUGCCAAAUACUAUGUAUUUUUGUAAAAUUAUAAUUUAGAAAAAUAGUAAAGCUAUUUUAAUUUACGAAAUCUGAA